AUGCCACUGCCACCGCCACUGCCACCUCUGCCUCCACCUCCCCCCCCAUCAGCGCCCCCGGCUUCCCAGAGUCUCCCUAAUCGACUCUUCCAUCUCACGGGAAACCUCAGAGGGGAGGCCACGGUGAAGUGCAUAGCCAAGGAGGCUUGCUCAGAGUCAAGUUCCAGAGCCCAGGAGCCUAAGCCACUCACACAGCGUCUGAGCCGAGGGAUAUGGCAGGAAGCUGCCAUGGGCCAGGAGGCCAAAAAGCAGCCCUUGAAAGCCUCAGCCAUCCCGAUGCUUCAUCAUCUGAACAGACUUCAGCCUGGAAGAAGAAUGGCUGCCAUCACUGGUACCAGUAGCCGGGUGGUCUUUAAACAGCCUUUCCCCAAACAGGACUGGAGCCCCUUCCUUGGGAAACGUCUGUCUCCCACUGAUAGAAGGCUGAUGGGCCCCUCCAUGGGUGACUCACUCUAUCAAGACUGCUUGGCCCAUGACAAACUGGACCCAGAUGCUUCUGUAAGCGCCCAUGGAGACCCUGCCGUGUCAGCACAAGCUAUAGUGGAAGUGAAACAGCUGGACCUCAGUGCUACUUGCAGAGAUAGGACAAAGGUUCUUCUCGUGAACAUAUUUGCAAAGCAUUUUAGCAGUCUAGAGAACAAUUAUGCUAACCACAGCACCAUGCCCUUGAUCGCUGUAAUGCUUCAAAAUAAAAAGCACGUGGCCUUUGGAAUUGAGCAGAUCUGGGUAAGUACAGAUGCUUCCAGCUUGAGAAAGGCAGAUCCCAAAGGUCGGAGUGCACUGUUGGCUGACAUCCAGCAAGGAACUCGCCUACGAAAAGUCACGCAGAUCAAUGACCGCAGUGCCCCGCAAAUCGAGAGUUCUAAAGGAACCAACAAAGAAGGAGGAGGUCCUGCAAACUCUCGAGGCGGGAGCACGCCCCCAGCCCUGGGAGAUCUGUUUGCUGGUGGCUUUCCAGUGUUACGACCAGCAGGCCAGAGGGAUGCAGCAGGCGGCAAGACAGGGCAGGGCCCUGGCUCCCGAGCGCCUUCUCCCCGGCUUCCCACCAAAACUAUCAGCGGGCCGUUCAACCCCCCUGCAUCUCCCAGGCUAGGCGACGCCUCCGAGGCGCAUGGCGCAGCCGGGGUAGUCCCUCCUCGCCCCAGCAUGCCCGCCCCACCUCCCCCGCCCUUACCCCCGGCCCUGCCCCCGUCCUCCCCCGCCAAAGCCCCGCUAGUGUCCCCACCUGGCCCACCGACCAAGGGGAGCCCCCCAGUGCUCGCACCCCCUCUGCCCUGUGCACCGCCGCCUCCACCCCCGCCGCCCCCGGCCUUGGCUCCCAGUGACAAGGCGGUGAGGCCUCAGCUGGCCCGCUUGCACCUACCGCCCGUCCCGCCCCCGCUGCCUCUCCUCCCACCUUGCGGGUACCCUGGGCUCAGUGCCGACGCUGCCAGCCCUGCCCAGGAUGUGCCGGAGCCUCCCGCCCCUCCGUUCCCGCCGCCCCCGCCGCCCCCGCUCCCCGCUUACGCCCCACGCACCCCCAGAGCCUCUCUGCCUGCGCCCCCUUUGCCGGGCGCUAACGACAGAGGUGAAGCCCCACCCCCGCGGCCCCCGAAGUCCCCGUGCUUCCAGGCCCAGCCCCCCGAGCCCAGCGCGCAGGCCUUGCCGGCGCCACCUGCCCUUCCGGGGUCUCAGACGUUCCCGCAGAAGAAGAGGCCCGGCCGAGGCCCCGCGACCAGUGGGGGAAAGCUGAACCCGCCCCCAGCACCCCCUGCGAGGUCACCCACCACGGAGCUUUCAAGCAGGAGCCAGCAGGCCCCAGCCUGGACCCCGACCCAGCAGCCUGGAGGUCAGCUGCGGAACGGAAGCCCACACAUCACUGAUGACUUUGAGUCUAAAUUCACGUUCCAUUCUAUGGAAGAUUUUCCUCCUCCGGAUGAGUAUAAACCAUGCCAGAAGAUUUACCCCAGCAAGAUCCCCAGAAGCCGCACACCUGGUCCCUGGCUCCACCCUGAGGCGGCCGGCCAGAGCUCCGAUGACAUCAAAGGCAGAAAUGCUCAGUUAUCCCUAAAGACACUCCGGUGA